AUGUUUGCGAUUCAAGGGGAAAAUUAUCAUCUCAUGGGAAGUCUUCUACCUGAAGACGGUGAUUUGCCAAAAUUUUCUCAGCUAUAUAUUGUCGACACAGAGAACAAGAUCGAGAACAGAGCUGGGAUUCUAAGCAAAGGAAAAAAUGCGCACAAGUUCAAAAAGAAGGGGAAUUUGAGGCAAGACGUAAUAGCAGCAAUCAUCAAGUUGCUUAACGAGGUAAAUCCAUAUGUAAAGACUUUCCGAUCAGCUAGAGAUAGGAUGAAUACGUCUCCGGAAGAGAGCUUCCACAUGCGAAUAGUCAGUGAUCGUGUUAAAGAUGGGCAAAAAUAUGAUGUCCCAACAGCUUCGGAGGGUGAAGAUGGGUUCAGGCCUGGGAUCUUGAAGGGUUCCAAAAAGAUUCAAAAAAAGAAGAAACCUGGGAAAGUGAAGGAGAAUGAGUGUAUAAGUUUACGUCAGUGGUUUGCAUUUCGUAUACAAGAGAGGAAAAAUGAGUCCCAGAAUCUUCUACGAUCAAAGAGGCUUUUCCAACAGUUCUUGGUGGAUGCAUUCACAACAGUGGAAGUUAACAGACUUGGUUAUUUCAAACUAAAUCAGUCAAAGAUUAGAGCUGAUAAUUAUGACGCUGUUAAGAAUGCAUAUGAUUCAGGUAAGACUGAUUUGAAUGACCAAGGAACGAAGUUCUACUUACCAGCAACGUUUGUGGGUGGCCCGAGAUAUAUGCGAAAUAUGUACUUGGAUGCAAUGGCUCCAGAGCUUCUUCGGUAUUGUAGUGCACGCAACCUCAAUCCUGACGAUAGACCAGAUAUUAUAAGCAGAGUGUUUAAGAUAAAACUAAAUUCACUUAUGGACGACUUCACCAAAAAACACAUCCUCGGCAAGACAGUAUGUUCUAUGUAUACUAUCGAAUUUCAGAAAAGAGGUCUACCACAUGCUCAUAUAUUACUGUGGAUGCAUCCAGAUGCUAAACUACCAAAACCGGAGGAUAUAGACAAAAUUAUUUCAGCUGAACUCCCUGACAGAAAUAAGGAGCCUGAACUCUACGACAUUGUGAAAGAGACGAUGAUACAUGGACCAUGUGGGGCAGUAAACCCAAACUCUCCAUGUAUGGAGGAAGGGAAAUGCUCGAAAUUUUAUCCAAAGAAACACGUUGAGCUUACUACUGUCAAUAAAGAAGGUUUCCCCGUGUAUAGAAGACGUAGAAGUAAGAACUUUGUCGAGAAGAAUGGCUUCAAGUGUGACAACCGUUAUGUUAUACCAUAUAACAAAACAUUGUUGCUACGGUACAGAGCUCACAUUAAUGUAGAGUGGUGCAAUCAAACAGGGUCUAUAAAAUACUUAUUCAAGUACAUAACCAAAGGUCAGGACAGGGUUGCUGUUGUUGUGGAACCUUCAGAGAAGUCUAAUGAAACAGUGAAGAAGUCUUUUGAAACAGUGAAGAAGAAGAAAAAUAGUACCAACACAUCUACAGCUACCAAAACAAAGAAUGACAUCAAACCAAAGAAUGACAUUCAAGACUUCUUCGAUUGCAGGUAUGUAUCUGCUUGUGAAGCUGGUUGGAGGCUUUUGAAAAAUCCAAUACAUGAUAGAUCCAUUUCUGUGAUGAGAUUAUCAUUUCAUCUGGAGGGGAAACAGCUUAUAUAUUUUAAAGGGGACGACGAAGCCUCCUAUGUUUUGCAUAGGUCAGAGUUACAGGCUUCUAUGUUUUUGGCUUGGUUUGAGUUAAACAGAGUUAAUGAAUUAGCAAGAGGGUUAUCGUAUGUCCAGAUUCCAGAGUAUUUCACCUGGGAUGGAAAGGAAAGAGAAUUUAAUUUACGCAAACGGCCUGGCUCAGCUAUAGGUAGGAUAAAUUAUGUCCCAAUUAGCUGUGAAGAUGGCUACUACCUACGAGUGCUUCUUAAUGUGCAACUAGGUCCACAGAAUUUUGAAGAUCUAAAAACGGUGAAGGGUGUUGUUUAUUCUACAUACAAAGAGGCAUGUUAUGCUCUAGGUUUGAUGGAAAACGAUCAAGAAUAUAUAGACGAUAUAGUGAGAACAAGUUUCUGGGCUUCUGGAAAUUUUGUUCGUCGCAUGUUUGUUGUUAUGCUGCAGUCGUUCAGUUUGUCACAGCCAGAAUUAGUUUGGCAAAAGUGUUGGGAACUACUUUCAGAUGAUUUUCAAAAGCAAAGAAGAUAUUACUUCAACAGACCAGUUCUCACUCUCGACCCGUUGGAGGUUGCCUUGACAAAGGCAGAGGGUAAGUAUGGAUUCUUGAAUGAGGAAGCCGACGGUUUUACACGCAUUUUGGAUGCAGGUACACGGUUCCAGCAACUGGUAGCUUACGCCAGCCUAGACGAUGAGAACCAAUCAGGAGAGGAAUCCGCCGAGGGAGCACCUGCUCCGGAUUCCGGAGCACAUGCUCCGGUAAAGUCAGUGGACGGUCCUUGGAGCGAGUUAAGAGCUCCAAAGGUAGAGCUAAAACCACUUCCAGCCGAGCUAAGAUGGCUAUUCAGGCUGAAACUGUUUCCCGGAAAGCUAAGAUCACGAUGGUCCGGACCCUUCACCAUCAAGGAGAUUAGACCAUACGGGGCUGUUAUGUUGCUGGACACAAAAGGAGGAGAAUUUGUGGUGAAUGGACAGAGGCUGAAGCCGUAUCUUGCUGUCUCUGAGCAUGCAAGGGGUGAGACCAUCGCCCUAGGCGAUCCUCCUACUGCCUAA